GCGGCGCAUGCGCGCAGGUGCAGUACUUCGGCAAGGAGAUGGGCGCGCUGUCGCAGCUGCAGCACGGCGUGCGCGGCCGCGUGUUCGCGGUGGACGCGCGCACGCUCUACCUCAAGGACUUCCACUACGACGGCGAGGGCCCCGCGGCGUACUUCUACGUGGGCGCGAGCGGGGCGCCGAGCGCGGGCGUGGCGGGCGCGGUGCGGCUGCGCGACGAGCGCGGCGGCGCCGGCCCGCUGCGCCGCUACUCCGGCGACAGCAUCACGCUCUCGCUGCCCGACGGCAAGACGCUGCGCGACUACCGCUGGUUCGCCGUCUACUGCGACGAGUAUGCGGUGAACUUCGGCGACGUGAGGAUCCCGGCGGACAUGGAGUACCCGCGGCCCGCCAAGGUGGCGCCGCUGCGGGGCGUGCACGGCGUGUCGUCCGACCCCGUCGUGGUGGUGGACGCGCAGACGCUGCUCGUGCCCAACUUCUCGUACGACGGCGAGGCGCCAGACGCCAAGUUCUGUGGGCGCGGCGACAAGCCGUCCCCGCAGGGCAUCCGCAUCCCCGACGAGAACGGCAAGGAGGUGCCGCUGCGCAAGUACGACAAGAAGACCAUCGUGCUCACACUGCCCGGGGAGCUGACGGUGUUCGACAUCGGGCACUUCGCGGUGUGGUGCGAGGCGUUCACGGUGAACUUCGGGCACGUGACGCUGCCGCGCGCCGCGCUGGCCAACGUGCCGCCCAGCCUCAAGAUGCUCGGCGUCUCGCCGCAGUCGAAGCUAAACUGCGAGGUGCUGUACGACGAGCUCGCGUUCGAGGUGCGCUGGGCGGUCGCCGGCGACAGCAUCGUGCUGCAGCUGGUCGCCAAACUUGAGGACGGCGAGUACAUGGCGUUCGGAGUGUCGGGCGACAACCAGAAGACGCAGAUGGUGGGCGGCGACCCGGCCGUGGCCUGGGUGGACAAGCGCACGCUGAAGGGCUACGCCGAGGACUACUACCUGGACGCCAAGAGCCAGUGCGCCGGCGUGCGCGGCUCCUGCCCCGACGAGCGGCUGGUCGACAACACCAACUCCAUCCGGCUGCUGAACGCGGCGCUGGUGAACGGGUACUCCAUCGUGACGUACCAGCGCUCGCUGAAGGCGGCGGACGAGCUGGACCGGCCCGUGCUCACCAACGGCAGCCAGGCCAUCAUCUGGGCCAUCGGGCCGCUCAACUCCAGGAACGAGGUCUCCUACCACCCGCACUUCACCAAGGGCGACAAGCUGAUAGAGUUCGGGCGGCCGCCGGUGUGGAACUGCCCGAUGCCGGAGGAGGACGAGGCGCCGGCGCCGCAGCCCACGCUGCCCGCGCAGCAACCUGCGCAGGUGAUCAAGGCGAACCCCAUCCCGCCCCCCAAGCCGGUGCCCAAGGCCGUGCCGUGGGAGAUCCCCGCCAUCCAGUGCUACGAGCCUCCGGACGGCGUGUUCUACGCACAGAUGGGGCCCACCGGCGGCAAGCAGGGAUACUCCGCCAUCACCGGGCACGUGGGCUGGGGCAUCUCGUGGUACAUCAAUGGCUUGUUGAUCCCCGAGAUCAACGUGAUCCGCGGCCGCAAGUACACGUUCGUGGUGGAGGGGGGCUCCAACCCCGACGUGCCUGCCCGCUACCACCCCUUCUACAUCACCAACGACCCCGUCGGCGGGUACUUCCACAAGACAGACAAAGAGAAGGAGGGCAUCGAGAUAUACGCGGGAGUGCGGCGCACGCGCACUGGGGAGCUGACCCCGACGGGCGUGGGCCGGCUGUGCAACUGGACCCCGGACAGCUCGGGGCCCGAGGCCGACGAGUUCCCUAGCUUUGGGGCCUACCAGCGCUCCCUCACGCUGGUCUGCGAGGAGGGCAACCCUGGUGUCGUCACCUGGAUCCCCGACAAGGACACCCCCAACACUGUCUACUACCAGUGUUUCACGCACCGGCACCUCGGCUGGAAGAUCAACGUGCUGGACGAGUGCGACGCGCGCGACGCCGACGAGAGCCGCGUGGUGGAGCACGCCGUGCCCCCCCCCGGGCCCCCCCACUCCGACCUCCGCGGGGAGGAGUCCGUGCAGGUACCCUUCCGACUCACUCCCGAACGUAACUUUUUAGAUGAUCGCAGAAAACUUCAGAAAAUUAUCAAUACGAAACCGAAUUAUGACGAUUUCAGUAGAUAUAAGAGCGACGGUGGACUGACAGGAGAAGUGUACCCGGAGACAGAUAAAACGCCGUUCAAAAAAAGACAGGAGUAUUCUGAAUUGCCGAUAUCCAAAGUACAAAUAAAGGAAGUGAUACAAACCGUGGAGAAUCUGGAGAGCAAGAUGAAGGACGACCUGAAGGCCAACGCGACGCGGCCGCAGUACCAGGUGCACGAGGACGCGCAGGAACACCCCUUCGUGGCGGAGCAGCCCUACAGGGAGGACGACGAGUACUUCUUCGAGGCCGGCAAAAUGCCCGAGAAUUACUUCCUACCGGUCAACAAUCAAAAGCCCCUGACACUGCAGACAGUACUGAGGCCGACGCCGCAAAAGCCGAACCGACCUCCUUUCCGUCGACCGGUGCCCCCCGAGAUCAAACUCCGCCGUCCUCCCUAUCAGAAGGGUAACAAUAAUGUAGGCUAUCCACUAUCUUUGCCUAAUCACCAUGGUUCAUUUGGACCACUUAAAAAGCUGCCUGCUAAGUUUAAUCAGAACCGCUUACAGACAAACAUGAACCGACCUCCUCCCAUGCCUGGAGUGACUCAAAUGAAAACAAUGCCUCCACAACAUCAAAAUAAACCUAACCACAAUGUACUAGGGCCCAAACAAAAUCCCGGACCUCCAUUGUUUUCAAAAAUGCCGAAUGGUCCAGUGCAGGCUAUAGUGAUGGGUAAACCUAGCCCUAAUAAUAUUCAGCUGCCGCCGCCGAUGCCCAGUCAGACGUUGAAUUUAGGCCAAACUGACAUAAUCGCUAACCAGGUGGUCAAAAGUCAAAUAAUGCUACCACCGGGCAGUAACGAUGCCAUAGCUCAACACAGCAACGUGCAGCCGUAUUUAAACAAACCGGGGCAGAUAAUACUCGGGAAACCCAUGGAUAAUCCGAUGCCUCUAGACCAGCAAAUGAUUCCAACCAAACAGCAGGGUAUGAGGUCGCCACCCACCCCCGCCCCAGUGCUUUAUCAGUCCACAGCAAGUAUUCCUUCGAAAAGGCAAGAAAAACCACAGCAGUCACAUAAUGAAAUCCAGUCAUCCGAUUUUAUGGGCGAGUCUCCCGACAGGUCGACUAUUCCGCCUGCAGUAAACACGGGCUUCAGACCGGACUCUAUCGUAGUUGAGAGCGGAUUUAAACCUAUCAUUAGAGAGCCACUCAUGGCCGGUGAGGACAGAAUAACUGAUUUUGAAGAAAGCGUAAACAGACGUGAGGACACUGACGUCGACGAAGACUAUGGAGACGCACCGCAGUCAAUACAAUCGAGUAAUCACCAGUACCCUCCGAGUGAUAAGGUGACUGAAACUUUCGAGCCCAUGUUUAUCCCAUCCCCGCCCGACCAUUUGCUGCCCACUAGCGACAGAACUAAAGAAGUAUUUCCUGCUAAUCAUGCCAAAGAAGAUAGACCACAUCCAGUAUAUUUAAAAAAUAUAACUCAGUUGGAAGAUUUAUUUAGCAAGAAGAACGUAGAGAGGGAGGUUUCUACCGAUCUAAUGAUGGACUCGGACAGAAUAAGCCCGCACUAUCUACCUCCCGACCCAAAACUUCCCAAAGAGCAUUCGCAGAAGCUUUCUUCAUCGAGCGAUCAAACGUUCACCACUUACGAUGGUAAAACAGUGUCAGCCGCUACUCUGACGACAUUGACGAGUGUCUCCGAAGGUCCCAAAGCCCCACCUAAAUUAUUUUCUGCUAAAUUACCUGCUAAUUAUGAACAACUUUUAAAAACGCCACAAUUUGGUCCCUUCAAAGGGGAAAUUCCACCUCCAGUAGCUGCUCAUAUAAACAAAGAAGCUCAGGAGUCAACGACAGUCAACACGGCCAACGCGAAGACGACACAUCUGAAACUUGUCAACAAAGACAAACACGACGACUUACAUGCCCAAGGCAGUCAGAAAGUGGGAGUGACUGAGAAAUUACCGCAGUUUGAAGAAGUUUUUGAUCAGGAAUAUGAAGAAGACGACGGUGAAGCAGACGAAGAUCGCAAACUGAGGGAGCGACGAGACACUAAGGCCACUCAGUUCGAGAUGGGACACAUAGAGGAGGUCCAGACCAACGGGCACAGCAUGCCCAAGAACCAGGUGGACUUCGAGAACGAGAAGCACGCGGCCGCCGCCGCGCCCACACUGCGGCUCUACUGGAUGACGCACGUACUGUGGCUGGCGCUGGCUCUGCGGCGCGUGUAGUGCGCGUAGCUUAUUAUUUAAUUAUUUAUUGGAUAAUGUUUAGGGCUUGCCAUGAAAUGCAUUUCGUGUUCGGAAUAACGUAUGUAUAGGAUCGGGCUCGGCUGUGGGAAUCUCGUGCUGUCUUCGCUCUUGGCGCUCGGCCUCUUGUGUUUAAUGAUACACCUGUUACACUUUGUUACCACUUUGUUACACGCAUAAUGCAAUUCAAUACUCCCGUAGUUUUUAAGGAUUUUGUAAAUAUUUUUAUUUUCUAAUAAAAUUAGUUUUAUAUUU